GUCGUCGGGGUUGAAUCCGGGCGAAUCCGGAGGCCCUUCCGCGAACGCACCGAUGUUGAUAAACACUGGGGCGGAAGGGGUUGCGGGUUUCCUUUCUUCAGGCGGUGAACAAGCUUGGGAUGUUCCGUCCACGGUUUCUGGAGGUGUAAAUGAAUUUGUUGUUCCUUUGGAGUAGUUUGCAACAAUGAAGAUCCAAUUUGGUGAGAAGGGAGAAGUACCAUGGGAUGUGUUGUUAGAAGCAGUACAGAAUGAACAGAAACAGCAGGAAUCAGAACAACUCCAAAAUCAUAAAAGUCUGUGCUCUAGGAUUCGUAAAAGAUGCUGCGAUUCAUGGCUUACUCUUGCAAUCCUUGUGAGUGUUGUGUUAGCAGCACAGGCUUGGGUUCUUUUGUACUUCACGAUGGGCCAUGCCUCCAUCUAUAAGUCAGGUGGACAUGUACUAUUAACAGACCAAGCUGGAAAGCUCCGUCAUGUUCAUUUCUCUUGGUCAAGUUGUGGAGGGGACUUAGACCCAGUAAAGCUGAACAAACUGCGAGUGACCCCAGACCCAGUAUUGAUUGAAGGGAAUAUAACAGUGGACCUGAACUCCUAUCUCGGAGUGAAUGUUGAUGCACCAAUCUCUGCUGAUGUGAAGGUUGAACGCCGCCUUGGCUGGGUCUGGGUGGAGGUGCCGUGCAUUGCUGGUCUGGGGUCAUGCCACUAUGAAGAUGUGUGCCAACUGGUUCCAUUUCCUCCUACUGAGCCUUGUCCAGACCCAUUCCCUAGGUUCAAGUUACCAUGCAGAUGUCCGUUCACUAAGGGACAUUAUGUUGUGAAAGAUGGAGUGUUUAACAUCCCAGGGAUUCUGAAUAUAAUUCCCGGCUGGUUAGUUUCUGGCGACUACUAUGUAAAAGGUGUUGGCUACCAGAAUGGCGAGAGGCUUGGCUGCUAUUCAGUGUAUGCAUCUAUUACUGACUAAUGAUUCUGUGUCAUGAUUGUUCAUGAAUUUACAUUUGUGAUAAAUUAAUCAUCCUAUGUGAGUGAGAGGUACAUAUUAUGUAUCAGAGUUCUGAAAAUUUGUGUAUUAUGGAAAAGAGGAGGGAAACUAUUAACCAUGUGGUGAGUAACUAGUAUAUAUUUACCAUUGUUUUUUACAUAUUUGCUUAUAUAGUUACAUGAUAGGAAGAGGAAGAUGUUAUAGAUUUCAUUUCAGGCAUCUAGGCUUUUUAUCAGCAUGUUGUUUAAAGCAACGGGUAACUUUCAUGAAUCUAAAUGUAAGAAACUUGUUUGCUAUGUGUAUAUUUGCUAUACCAAGAUA